AUUAACGGGAAUAACCGGAUUAUGAGGAUUUGAGAAGGACACGUUGCCACAGUCCGCUGUAGUAAAAAAACGAGGGGAUUAAGUCAGGCGUCCUCACUCCCCCCCGGACCGGUCAACGUUAUGGGGAUAGACCGGCGGCGGAGAGCAUCUCUGGCUCUCACCUUGAACUUCCUCGCCUUGUUCCUGGCCGUGUCCGCGCUCACCACCAGCUACUGGUGCGAGGGGACGCGUAAAGUGGUGAAGCCGUUCUGCACCGGCCCGGUCACCACCAAGCAGUCGUUCUGCAUCAGGUUCAACAGCUCCAACAUCAACGACACGCGCCUGGUGCAGUACAUCUGGGAGACCGGGGAGGACAAGUACGUGAUGAGGAAGUUUCACACCGGCAUCUGGUUCUCCUGCGAGCAGAACAUCAACAUGACCAGUGAAAACUGCAGAAGUUUCCUCUAUGUUGCACCUUCAAAUGAAAGAGGAGUGCUGUGGCUGUGCAUUGUUGCGGAGUGCCUGUACAUCCUCCUGCUGGCCACCGGAGGCAUCCUCAUGUCCAUUGAGGUGUGUCAGUUUGGCAAUGCCAUCGAUGGCCUCAAGCUCAACGCCUUCGCUGCCAUAUUCACUGUGCUCUCAGGUCUGUUGGGGAUGGUGGCGCACAUGAUGUUCACCACUGCUUUCCAGCUGACAGUCAGUCUGGGCCCAGAGGACUGGAAGCCUCAGACGUGGGACUACAGCUGGUCGUACAUUCUGGCAUGGAGUUCCUUCACAGCCUGCAUGGCGUCCUCGGUCACCACGAUCAACCGCUACACUAAAACCAUCCUGGAGUUCAAGCACAAGCGCAGAAACAUCGAGAAGAACCUGAAGAUCAAGCAGAAGCUGUUGGAGUUGGACUCUCCGGAGCAGGUGUGGGACAUGUAUAUCAGCUCGGUGCCGAGCACCGCCGAGGAGCUGCUGGACCUGUCGUCCAACGGACGCAAACUCUCCGACACCUCCAUCUUCCUGGACCUCAACGACCUGCCCGACCCACAUGGAGAAGAGUACUGCUAGA